AUGGACUUAGAUGAAGGAGUACGUCUAUCCAUACUUCUGGUUAUCUUCUUGGUUACGUUCAUUAGUAAUGCUAGUGUAGGAGUGCUGAUGUACCGCUUCAAAAAUCUACGAACAAUACCCAAUCUUAUCAUCCUGAGUUCAUGUAUCGCUGAUAUUCUCAACCAAGUCUUCAAUAUUCCUGGAUUCGCCGCAGGGUAUAUCGCUAGGGACAACAAGUAUUUUGUCGGACGAUGGUUGGCUCUAGUUAUGUCGAGCUUGAACCUCUUCUUGGUUCUGGUAAAUCUGAUGUCAAUGACCCUGAUGAUUCUCGAUAGACUGUGCGCGUUUAAGUUCAACCUCGCUUACCGGGUAUGGAGAACAAGAUCCAAGGCUUACAAGGUAAUAGCUGUCAAAUGGAUAUCGUGUUUCGUAAUAUCCAUGCUUCUUCUGGUCCCAAUCUGGGAUAUAGACCUUGGAAACGUAGCUACUUACAAGUAUCGAAGCGCUUAUUUCUUCAGGAGAGGAACUCUUGUUUCGUUUAUCGUUCUCCCGUUUUUUAUCGUCAAUAAUGCUGUAGUUGGCAUAGUUACCUGCUCUGUUAUUAAACACAAGAAUAAGAUCAACGCAAAGAAAAUGGGCGUGCACGCCAAGUCAGUCCUUGACCAAACACGCAAACUAAACGAGAUCAAUGCUAUCAAAACGAUCGGUGUGACAGUGGUGGUUUUCUUCGUGUUUUACCUACCAGGUACUGUAUACGGUGUCAUGGAAAGGGUGGGUUCAAUUUCUUCCACCAAGACCUCAUGGUUUGGGUUCGCUGCCUACCGUUGUCUGUUUCUUCCUGGUCUACUGAAUCCGUUCAUCUAUGCUAUUCGAACAAGGCGUUUCCGCAGAGCUUUGGAGUGCUUGCUCAAAGAUCCAUUCGGCAGCAGUGAAAUAACUCAGUGA